GCUUUGACCACGAGAUGGUGCUGAACACAGUAACUGUAAAGAGCGAACAAGACUUUUUUGACCAAUCACGUAACAAGCAGGAAUCUUAAGUCCCUCCCCGGAAGUGACGUUUGUCUGCCGAGACACCAACGUUAAAAGUGAAGACUUUGGCCUCCAGAGGUGCGUGCGACCAUGUGGCCCGUAUUCUGGACCGCCAUGCGGACCUACGCUCCGUACGUCACCUUCCCCGUGGCCUUCCUGGUCGGAGCGGUGGGCUACCACCUGGAGUGGGUGGUCAGAGGGACGCCCACACCCCGCGAGGAGAGGAGCAUUCUAGAACUGCGGGAGGAGCGGACACUGCGGGAGCAAGCCGGGACGGACGGCACCCAGGUGCUCAGCCUCAAAGACAAACUGGAGUUCACUCCCAAAGCGGCUCUGAACAGGAACCGGCCUGAGGAGAGUUAACGCCAUCCAAGCAGGGAGUCCAGGGACCACUUUUAGGAAGACCGGAACACAUCCACACAGCCAUAGAUCCUCAAAGCUGGUCUCAUAAGCAACCAUGAAGCAAAGUGUGCAUAAUGUUAUUUUUUUUCCCACACAAUACUCUAAUCAAGGAGAAACACGAAACGUGACAAAUAAAAGGACUGUUAAGCUGCCUGACAGUUAAAAACAAUGAGGUAUUUGCUGGUAUGCAGUCAGUGCGGGAGGUCCGGUGGCUUAAUCUGCAUUAGUCCUAUUAUGGCGUGGAAGAACAUCAACACUUUCAUUUGAGAAAGUCACAAGCUUUGCACGCUGCCUGUCUUAGCUGGUGGUCACCUGACCAAAUAAAAAUGUUCAUUUGGAGCGGGCUGGAGUUCAUGAUUGUGGCCCCAUUCUCUAUUGACUGUUGGGAAUGAAGGACCCGGGAAGGAAGGAAGCGAUGGUUCCUUCAGCCUCACGGAGAGAAGUGAGCAGUUGGAAGGGGAAGUGGCCCGCACGUUUAAGCAGGAACCUGACCUCUUGGCACUUGUGUGGAGUCAAUUAUUGUAAAUAAAGUAAAGUACCUCCAUUUUUAGUUGGUUUUCUCUUACAAAAAAGUCAGAGGAAAAACUGAAGCAUUUUGUGCCAUAAAUAAACUAAUGGCAACCCAUUUGUCUCAGAUGGGCAGAAACUAAGGGAACAAAUAGUUAAUUAUUCAAAUUUAAUAUCACGGUUAUUGUAACCAAAAUUAUCUUUUGUUAUCAUUAUGGCUGAAAUUUUUUUUUCGAUUUGUAUUUUUUAAUUAAUAAGUCCAACAAAAUAUAAUAAAUGAUUAUUGGUUAUUUUGACAUCCACUUCUUAAUGUUGUGUAUUUAUAAGAGGAAAGAAUAAAGGUCCUUAGAAAAUC